UCGUCAGUUAUAGAUUACGGGAAUGCGGAAGAUUCGGUAUAAUUUGCUCGAAAGCGGUUCGUCGGUGAGGGACGUGAUCGAUUCGGUGGUGGCACGUGGGCCCCAGGAUGAGCCAAUACAUAUUCUCGAUUUGGAUGACGUCGUGGUGAAACAUCGAAACUGGUGUCAGCAGUUGUCUCGCGUCGAACCAUUCUAUGCCGUAAAGUGUAAUGACGAUUCGGCGAUACUUCGUACACUGGUCAGUCUUGGAGCUGGAUUCGAUUGUGCUUCCAAACGGGAAAUCGAGAAAAUGCUGAAACUAGGUGCAAAUCCCGCUAAGAUUAUAUUUGCUCAUACAGCAAAAUCAGUGGAUUCUCUUAUUUACGCCAAGUCUUGCGGUAUUAAUCUGAUGACAUUCGACGGAGAGAUCGAGUUGGAUAAGAUCAAGCAGUUGCAUGCAGAAGCGUCAUUAGUUUUACGAAUUCGCUAUGAUUCUGCCAAAGCCCAGAUCUCAUUGGGAAAGAAGUUCGGUUGUGAUCCGGAACAUGAAGCACCCCAAUUGCUCCGGUAUGCUAAAUCUUUGGGCUUAGAUGUCAUUGGAAUAAGUUUUCACAUUGGCUCGGGAAGUGAAGAUCAUAGCUGUUUUUACGGAGCAAUAAAAUGUGCACGCAGUUUAUUUGAAUUUGCCCGCACAAUUGGAUUCGAUCUUCGUCUGUUAGAUAUCGGAGGAGGAUUCCCUGGAGAUCAUGACAAACCAAUCGAUUCCUAUGCGAAGACUAUAAACUCGGCUCUUCAGCGGUUUUUCCCUUUAAAAUCCAAUGUUCGCGUGAUUGCUGAACCCGGCCGAUACUACGUAGCAUCCGCUGUAACAUUGAUCGCAAAUGUGCAAUCCAAACGAAUCGUGCGUGACCCUCAAGGUGACAUCCUGGACAUCAUGUACUAUCUUAACGACGGCCUCUUCGGGUCAUUCGAUUGGUUAAAUCCUCGCCAUAGUCCUCCACUGGUCAUACCCGGCAAUCGACAGCUUGUUCGAUCACAAACGGAACGGUUUCCAUCAACACUUUGGGGUCCAACGUGCGACUCGACGGAUCUGAUCUGCUCCGGUAUGAUGCUGGAGGAGCUGCAAAUAGGUGACUUCCUAGUGUUUGACGACAUGGGAGCGUACGGGAUAACGCUGGCGACUAACUUCAACGGUUUCGCCAAACCUAAGGUGUUGGCUUACAUCAGUCGGACGACAUGGGAACAGAUUAAGCUGGAUAAGCGUGGCAGCUCAUUGAAACGAAGCGCACCCGCGGUUACGGGGAACAACUGGAUAUGUGCUGACCUAAAUUAAUGAUAAACGAAUUAACAUAUGUAAUUGGUAGUUUGCGUGUGAACCUUGUUGAGUGCAGUGCGGUAAUGAGGAGCGUGCGCAAUGCAAAGGAGUUAUUGGACUAUAGAAAACGUUAAUGUGUGAAGUCGUUAGAACAUAAGAAACGUGAUGAAUAGUUUAUCAGCAUGUAAGCUCUAAGUAAAUAAAUUAUAAACAGAAUCUACUUAUAACCUAGCGCUCAGCGUUUAUAAUUGCAUAAUUUUGAUCCGAUUUUGCCAUAAAUGUAAUUCCAUUUUAGUGAUUCAUCACCAAACGUGAAUAAUCGUUUAAAACGACCAACAACAACAAUGGAGGUGGUUAAUGUCAGAAAAAUAAUCCCUAAGUUUACUUGUUUACGACUGCUUAUAACUUCCUGGGUUCUUAGAAGCACACGCGUAACUUUUAGUAAUUUAAAAUGCGCAAAACAUUUGUUUGAGAUCUUGUAACACCUUGAAUUUUUGCUUGGAACUCUGCAAUAAAAUGGCAAAAGUACAUACAAGUUUGGUGUGUUUACCUUUCAUAACUUGAAUGCUCCUUUUGUUGCUUGUAGGGUAGGAUGGGAUAAGAUGAGUACCCUAAGCUCAAUAUUUUUUUCUCAGUA